CUUGGUCUAGGCCGGAAUUGUUGGUCGCUGCAACCUCGGAUCUUGUAGUGAUAGCGCUUUUUGCCCUGGCUUGCCUCGCUUGAUUCUGCAUCGUAUCAUCUGUAUCAGGGCAGCUUUGUUGAGCGAUCUCUUGGUUCAUAUCGAGUCCACUCUGCCUCCAAGAACUGAAGAGAAAAAAGCACUUUGGGCGAUUUGUCAUUCGUCCACAAUGUCAGAGAAACGAAAUACAACUCAACAUGAGCAUCGCUCAGUUGGUGCAAGUAAUGCUCUCGGUCUCCCCAGCCGGUACCAUGAUCCCGAGUCGCCAGACAAAAACCUCGCAAGCAUCAACAGAAGCACUUCACGACCCAGCGUAGUCAUCGAUGCGCCGCCAGACGGUGGCUUGAGAGCAUGGCUGGUCGUCCUGAGCACGCUCCUCGUCACCAUGAACACCUGGGGCGUCGCCAACUCCUUCGGCGUCUUCCAGCCAUACUUCACAACCCUCUUCUCCCGCUCGCCCUCCGACAUCUCGUGGAUCGGCUCCUUCGAGGUCUUCCUCCUCUUCUUCGUCGGCACCUUCACUGGACGCUGGACGGACAUGGGCUACUUCCGGCCCCUCUUCGCCGCUGGCUUCCUGCUCGUCGUCCUCGGCAUGGUCGCCGCCUCCUUUUGCACGACGUACUGGCAGUUCUUCCUCGCCCAGGGCAUCUGCCUAGGCCUCGGGAACGGCUGCCUCUUCUGCCCCUGCAUGGCCGUCACGUCGACCUACUUCGCCAAGCGUCGCUCGUUAGCCUUCGGCAUCACCGCGGCUGGGUCUGUCGUGGGCGGGCUGGCCUUCCCGAGCAUGGUCCGGCAGCUUUUGCCGAGGAUCGGGCUGGGCUGGACGAUCCGCUCGAUAGCCCUGAUCCAGCUGGUGACGCUGGUUGUCGCCGGGCUGCUCGUCAAGACCAGGAUUCCGCCUCGGAAGGCGGCGCCGCUGGUGGAGUGGGCCGCUUUCAGGGAGUCCGAGUAUAGCUUCUACGCCGUGGGAGCUUUCAUGUGCUUCUGGGGAACCUACUUUGCCUUCCACUACCUCGCCGCCUUCUCCCGCGACGUCUUGGGACUAUCGUACACCGACUCGCUCGACCUCCUGCUCGUCCUCAACGGCGUCGGCGCGUUCGGGCGCAUCAUCCCGGCUCAGAUCGGCGACGUCAUCGGCACGAUCAACAUCUUUGCGCCGAUGGCCUGCAUGACCGGCACCGUCAUGUUCUGCUGGAUAGGAGUGCGCAGCGUCACGGGGCUGUACGUCUGGGCCGUGUUCUAUGGGUUCGCUGUCGGGGGCGUCCAGUCGUUGUUCCCGUCGGUGCUCAGCAGCCUGACGGCGGAUCCGCAGAAGCAGGGGACGAGGAUGGGCAUGGUCUUCACGGUGGUCAGCUUCGCGUCGCUGACCGGGUCGCCGAUUGCCGGGGCCAUCAUCGACGCGAUGGGGGGCGGGUAUGUGGGUGCCCAGGCCUUCGCCGGGAGCUGCAUGAUUUUGGGCAUGAUAUUCGUCCUUUUGGCAAGGGUCUGCAAGACUCGCAAGAUGGGGGUCGGGUCGGUUGCCUGGAUCAAGGUGUGAGUGAGCAUUGUUGCCAAGGUCGAGUAAGCUUUGGGUCAUGUCAUACGCCUCUCGUAUGCUUGAUAUGGAAUCUUCCACCAUAAUGCCUCGCCUUAGCAGAACCUUUUGACCCAAGCCUAUGGGAAGUUGGGAGAAACUAAGCUCAGCCAACUCUAGCAGCGAGGUUACUCAUUAGUUUAGGUUUGACAUACGAUUCUUCUAUAAACGGCAGUACGAAUUAAUUAUCUACUGAUAUUCCGUACGGAUACAAGGAACAACAUUGUCCAACUAUAACAUCAAUCUCCCCACAUCUCCCACU